GGGCGCCAGUGCGCGGGCCGCAGCCGCCGAGGGAGCAGCACAGCCAGAGCAUGUCCGCGGCGACGGCGAGCGGCGGCGCGGCGCUGCGCUGCGUGCCCGUGCCCCCCGAGCGCCACCAGGAGCUGAUCGAGCAUCUGCGCCAGAGCUUCUUCGCGGACGAGCCGCUGAACCGCGCCGUGGGGCUGUGCCGGCGCGGCGAGCCACACCCCGAGCUCGAGCGCCACUGCCUGCAGACCCUCGGCCAGUCGCUGUCCUGCAUGGUCGUCGACGCCCAGCACAAGAUCGCCGGCGCGGCGCUCAACGGCCUCAUCCGCCGCGGCGAGCGCGAGGAGUGCGAGCGCCGCCUGGGCGAGCUGCGCGACGACAACUUCAAGCGCAUCUUCGAGCUGCUCUACCGGCUGAACGACCGCGUGGACCUGUUCGAGGAGAACGGCGUGGAGGAGCUGUUCGAGGUGCGCAUCCUCAGCGUGGACGAGGCGCACCGCGGCCGAGGCCUGGCCCAGCUGCUGCUCGACGGCAGCCUCGGCACCGCCAGCAGCCGCGGCUUCAAGGUGGUGAAGGCCGACGCCACGGGCGUCUUCUCGCAGCGGGUCUUCCUGAAGCGCGGCUUCGAGGUGCGCACCGAGAUCGCCUACUCCGAGGUGGAGGCGCGCCUGCGCCCGGGCCCGCCGCACCAGGCCCUCAAGCUCAUGGUCAAACUGCUCGACUAGCCGCGGCGCCCGCUUGCUGGUCCAGCGCGGACGGCGCUCACAGCGCUCUACGUCUGCACUGUCCGCAACGAGCAGGGGACGUUCCGUCGGGCGUUGGACGUCGCGCUCACCAGGCGCACCUUGGCGCUACGUCCAUUGGCGCGCUUCGAUGCUAGUCUGGUCGAUAUCGAUGUGUGCAUCGACCCGUUAUUGCCCAUCCACCGCAUGCCGCUGCUCGCCCAAACGAGCAGCCUGCAGGUUUUCCCUUGACACGGGGCUUUGCCCAUUUUUCGUCCCCGCCGCGCUGCUAAUGUAUCCCACGGAGACCAGCUGCGGAGCCAAAAACGCGAACGAACAGUACAAUGUCGAGACCAAGUGAAACCAAGUCAUGGCUGCAAUGUCGUUUUUUAUGAUUGUGAUACAAGUUGUUGAAUGUUCUAUUCUAUGAAAUAACGUACAAGUGAGAGCGACUGUGAGCAGAGCUAGAGAGCGCGCGCAUUAAAACAGUCGAAUAGCUAGCGUUCAGAAGUCGGUGCGCAAGCAUGCUCGCACACAUUCGAGUGAUUGAUCAAGGCGCUUGUCGCGUACUAUACGCCACGAGCUCGGACAAUCCUUCUAGUUUUGCUCGUUGCUCUUCGUUUUAUCGAUAUGCUCCAAGUUCGUACGCACAAAAUAAAGCUGCGCAAUAAAAUUACUGAUUUACCUCGGCACCACCUUGUCCAAAUAUCUUAUUUUAGAUUUCAUAACUACCGUUGCUCUAUGCUACUUUUACGAAAUGUUGUGUAAAGGUCGAGUCAGCGAUUCGUGCCAUUCGAUGAGGGCCAGAUUUGACCGUUAAUGAGGAUAACGAGCAAUCGACUUGGUAACCUUUCUUCAUUCGAUUACAUUAUUGACAUAUAUGACUUUUGCGAGAAAAAUCACUUGCAUAGCUUACCAGCGAACGAACAAAUCUUGCUCUCGUCAAAUCGAUAAAUCGUUCGAUCGAUUUCCCGGAACUUUUAUGCUGAGCUGGCGCAAUAUUUCAUGAUUUUCCGUUGCUAUUCGUUACUCUUUCUUGGCCACAAAACACAAGGAUUAAUUGUUAAAUGUUAUUGGCAUUUCACGACAACUACCUCAAUUUUUCAAGACAUUUGUUCAUUCAAGUUGCAAUAACAUAUAAGGUGAUUAGUGCAGUCGUAUUGAUCUACAUAUAGUUGUUGAAUAUAAAUCAAGUAAAUCGCACACAUAAAUAUACACAUAUAUAUACACACAUGUAUGUGUGUACAUGUACAAUGUACAUUCAUUAAGGUGACGUUCGAGAUAGCCCUUAUUUAAUUCCCGACUUGCUUAUGACCUCGCAAUUCCAAUUCUUGAAUCAGUUGAUUAUCGCAAGAAUUAAGAUGGCUCAGCAGACAACUGGAAAACAGAGGAAACGCGUCAUGCAUGUUUUUCACAUAUUUUUCGAUGAAGAAUACGAUCAUCGUGCUUAAUGGCUUUAUCUGAGACCUCGGCUAGAAAGUGCUAAAGGCAACAGAUCAUCGGUAGUAUUUUGCUUCUAGCAAGUUCCAAGCAACUCCUUUCAUGAUGAAAAUCAGUAGCAUCAUGAUCGUAUCUUACGUCAAACUGUGUACGGAAAAUAUGCAUGCCGCGUUUAGGUAUAAUGCUUAAUUCUUUUUCUAUGAAUAUAUGAUCACUCAAAAAGCCAUUGAAAACAUCAUCUUACAAAUAGAAACGGUUCAACGAGCUUUUUCACGGAGCUUUUUCAAAAUUGACUUCUUUGUUUUUAACGAUUAACAAACCGAUCAAAUUGCAAGCGAAUAGGGAAACGCGCUCCGCGUCAUUAAUAUACAGAUGUAUACAACCAAAUUAUACCUCUUGGUCAACGAAUCAGACAUGGAAUAAAAUAUUUAUUAUAAUAGAAGAUAGUUAUAUGAAACUGAAUGGUGAACAAAAUAAAAUUUUAAUAUAAUCUCUCAGAAACAGUAAUACACUGGAGAAGCGCCAAAUUGAAUGUCAGACGAUUAAAUUGACCAAAAUUGUGCAAAUACUCCAACGUAUUUACCAAUGUACCUAUAAAUUUCGAAGAAAGUGUUAUAUAUCUUAUAUA